AACGAACGCUGUUUGCAACACUCACGGUGGUUUGAACACAUUACUUAGAGGGUCAAUAGCGCAAGGAUGGCGGCGCCGGACCCCUCAGAUCCGAUAUACAAGCAAUUCCAAUUGAUGAGGACGAAAGAUGAGAGAGUCAGACAAGCAGCAGGCGCCGAACUCAAGGCGAUGGUUGCGGCGUCCAUUUCGGAGCUCUCGCCCGACGCUGUGGGCAAGUUCUGGAAUGACAGAGUGAUGCCCCGCGUCUUUGAGCUGAUUCGGAGCCAACAAGCGCAUGAAGCUCUGGCAGGCAUAUAUGUUACUGAGCUCAUGAGCGAGAUUCCUCGAGAUGACAAAGUCGAAGGCGAGCGAACUUUGUUCCGAUUUUGGAACUACAUACGGCCCAUGCUGCCCAACAAUGACCCUGUGAUCAUGGUCGCUGCGGCGCACGCUCUGGGUGUCAUUGCGGAGAGAGGAGGUGCAAACUUCGCCGACCAUUUCAUUCCAUUCGAAGUACCUCGCUCGAUUGAAGUGUUACAGCCGGGACAACCAGAAAGUCCGAGAUGGGUCGCCGUGCUGGUGUUGAAAGAACUGGCGAGGCGGAUCCCUGCGUACUUCCAUACGCAGGUCUUCCAGGUGCUGAACAACAUCUGGGUCUUGCUGAGGGACACACGAGUCCAAGUCCGUGAAGCGGCAGCAGAGCUCCUGUCUGCUUGCCUCGAGAUCCUGAGGGAUCGCGACCGUCAUCUGAAGGAUGCUGCGUUCAUGAAGCUGGUGGUUGAGGCAACCCAGGGUUGCCAAAGCUCCAACGUGGAGUCGAUCCACGGCUCCCUGCUUGCGUUCCGCUCGUUGUUUUUGAGUUCUGAUAUGUGCUUGCGUGACUCCUACGUCGAUUCAAUGGAGCUCGUUUGGAGAUACCGCGACUACAAGGAUCCCCUCAUUCGGCGCACUGUCGUUGGUCUGUUGCCGACCAUGGUAUUCUACGAUACCCAGAGCUUCAGCACUCACUUUUUGCACCGUGUCAUGGGAUAUCUCAUGGCCCAGCUCAAAAAGCCCGUAGAAAGAGGGUCAGCCUUCCUUGCAAUUGGGCACAUAGCGCAGGGCGUGACUAGCGAGAUGAAGAUCUUCCUCGACGGUAUUGUAGCAGCCAUCAAAGACUGUCUGCAGCAGCACGGUUCCAAGCGCAACGCGCCCCCGGAAGAGUCCAUCUUCCAGUGCAUAGGUUUCCUCGCGUCCGCCGUCGGGCCAAACCUCACUCGGCUGCUGCAUGAUAUCCUUGAUCUUAUGUUUGCAUGCGGACUGAGUGAGGCGCUGCGUCAGGCACUCGAGGAUAUUGUCAGACAUAUACCGCCCAUGCUCAGGAUUAUUCAAGAUCGUCUUUUGCAUCUUCUGAGCCAAGUCCUGUGUGGGCAUCCGUACAGGCCGCCGAGUGUUGCAUCCUCCGCGCAUGCUACGCAUAACGCUCCCAUGCCACGUGAGGCUCCAGUGGGUGUCCCCAACAAACGAGACCAGGACAUCACCUUGGCUCUGACAACUCUCGGGACCUUUGACUUCACAGGACACGCACUAAGCGACUUCACAAGGACUUGUGCCCUGCCCUAUAUUGAGGAUGAUGACCCAAAAAUCCGCCAAGAGGCGGCAUUGACUUGCUGCCACUUGUUCAUGAGAGACCCAAUUUGCCACCAGACCAGUGUACAUGCGAUGAGGAUCAUCAGCGAUGUCUUGGACAAGCUGUUGGCCGUGGGUAUCGCAGAUCCAGAUGCCUAUACGAGGCAGAGAGUCUUAGGUGCGCUCGAUGAACGCUUCGAUCGUCAUUUGAGUCAAGCAGAGAAUAUUCGCGCUAUUUUCAUUGGCCUGAAUGACGAGGUAUUUGCCGUGCGGCAGAUAGCUGUGAAAUUGGUCGGGCGUCUGGCUAAUCAUAAUCCUGCAUGCGUGAUGCCACCCUUGCGCAAGGCCAUAAUUCAGCUGCUGACGGAGAUGGAGUACUCUGCUGUGACCCGUGAUAAAGAGGAGAGUGCUCGGCUUCUCACCCUACUGAUCGGUGCCACUCAGCGGCUUAUCAAGCCGUAUGCAGUCCCGGUCUUGAAGGUCCUCUUGCCAAAAGUCAAAGACAAGAGCACAACAGUCGUAACACAAGUUCUGAACUGCUUGGGCGAACUCGCGGUCGUUGGAGGCGACGACUUGAGCCCCCAUAUUAAGGACAUUAUGGAGCUCAUUCUGACCAAUCUUCAAGACCAGUCGUCAUUUGCGAAACGAGAAGCUGCCUUGCGAGCGCUCGGUUCCUUCUGCUCCCACACUGGAUAUGUAAUCGAACCAUACCUUGACUACCCCCAGAUCCUGCCGCUCCUCAUCCGAUUUUUGAAUGAAACAGAGCGGCGGCAAGAGUUCAGGCGGGAAGUCAUCAAGGUUAUGGGGAUUCUGGGGGCUUUAGACCCUUAUAAAGACAAGCUGUCGAACAAGCGCAUGGAUGACGCGAUCGGGCAUGCUGCCGUGACCCACAACAUUUUCGAUCUGGCAUGGCUGAUGAACACUGCGGGUGCGACUUCUGACGAAUACUUCCAAACAGCCGCUAUGAACUCUCUAGCCAAGCUGUUGCAAGAUAGCUCGUUCAGCGACAGACACACUAAUGUCAUAGAGAGCAUCCUUGCCAUCUAUCGAACGCAGGGCCUGAAAUGUGUUGCCUUUUUGCCUCACAUUAUCCCAGCCUUCUUGGCGGUGAUUCGGUCACCUGUAGCGACUGCCCACGAUUUCUACAUAUCCGAACUAUCCAAACUUAUCGGGAUCAUCAAACAGCAUAUUCGAGGAUUUUUACCAGAAGUUGUUGCUCUCUUCGGUGAUUUGUGGCAUAUCGAGCAUCCGCUACCACCUCUCGUCUCGCUUGCAGAGGCUCUCGCGAAGGCCCUAGAAGGAGAGUUCAAAGUACACCUACCCGCCAUUCUGCCCAAAUUGCUGGAAGCGCUGAGUGCGAAAAGCACAGAUGUGCUUACCCUCCAGACAAACGUCUUGCACGCCUUCUACACCUUUGGCUCAGACAUUGAGGAAUACAUGCAUCUUGUCCUUCCUGCCAUCUUACGUACCUGUGAAAGUACCGAGGCAAGGGUGCAGUUGCGCAAGUCCGCAAUUCACACCAUUGGGCGACUGUCCAAGAAGGUCAAUUUUGCAGAUCAUGCCUCUCGGAUCGUUCACGCACUGGCUCGUGUGUUAAUGGGCUCUAACCAAGAACUACGAAUGGCUGUCAUGGAUACGCUCUGUGCGCUCCUUUUCCAGCUCAACUCGGAUUUUACCGUGUUUCUUUCCAUGAUAAACAAGCUUGUAGUGAGAUAUAAUAUCCGCCACCCAAAUUACGACAAACUGGUCGGCAAACUACUAAACGGCGAGCCCUUACCACCUGAGUUUGGUCAGAUCGAGUCGUUUGAUCAAGAUAAAGUUGAAGCUAGCGCUCCUGCUGAAAUCACGAGGCUCACUGUGAAUCAACAACACCUGAAACAGGCCUGGGAUGUGUCUCAAGUGUCCAAUGCUGAAGAUUGGAUGGAGUGGAUUCGGCAUUUAGCUGUUGAACUCCUACGGGAGUCUCCAUCCCAUGCCCUGCGUGCUUGCGCAGGAACCGCAUCGACUCAUCUUACCCUGGCUCGCGAACUCUUCAACGCGGCGUUCAUUUCUUGCUGGGGCCAGCUCUACGAUACCUAUCAGGAGGACUUUGUCCGCUCUAUUGAAAUUGCGAUCACUACGCCUGAGGUACCCCCGGAGAUUAUCAACAUUCUUCUGGGCCUGUGCGAGUUCAUGGAACAUGACGAUAGGCCAUUGGGCAUUAGCAUCCGUGUAUUAGGUCGAGAGGCACUGAAGCAUCACGCCUACGCGAAGGCGCUUCACUACAAGGAGCUCGAAUUUAUCCAGGAGAAGGAUAAAGGAGGCGCUACCUCUCUUGUUGAGGACCUGAUUAACGUGAACACGAAGCUUCAACAACCGGAUGCCGCCUGGGGAAUCCUCGUGUUGGCCCGAGAAGAGUAUGGCAUGCCGCAGCGGGAAGAGUGGUAUGAAAAGCUUGGUCGUUGGCAGGAAGCAUUGGAAGCCUACGAGAGCAAAGACUUGACGGACGAAGAAUCUCCAGAGAUUGCAAUCGGUAAAAUGCGGUGCUACCACGCUUUAGGAGAGUGGGCUUUACUCGCCGAUCAAGUGCAGAACCACUGGGUCGACGCCGACUCGGAGGAGAGACGACAAGUUGCUCCUUUAGCCGCCGCGGCCGCCUGGUCACAGCGUCACUGGGAUCUAAUGGAAGACUACAUAUCUGCGAUGAAGCUAGAUACGCCCGAUCGCUCCUUCUAUCGCGCCAUCCUCGCCAUACACCGCAAUCAAUUCGGCAAAGCUGCCCAGCAAAUAAAUAAAACUCGUGAUCUGUUGGAUACGGAGCUGACUGGAUUGAUCAGAGAGAGUUACACACGUGCUUAUAGCACGGUUGUGCGAAUUCAAAUGCUCUCCGAACUCGAAGAGAUCAUCGAGUACAAGCAAUUGAGAGAUGUCGAUGUAGAGUUGAAAGCGAGCAUGCGCGGCACAUGGACGAAGAGAUUACGUGGAUGCCAACCCGAUGUUGAAGUCUGGCAGCGGAUAUUGCAAGUGCGAUCGCUUGUACUGACACCUGCGGAUGACGUGGACACGUGGAUAAAAUUCGCAAACCUUUGCCGCAAGUCUGACCGGAUGCAGAUAGCAGAAAAAACCCUCAAUUCUUUGUUGGGUCAGGACGAAGAAAGACCGAGACCAGAUGGCUAUAAGGCUCCUCCCAACGUCAUAUAUGCUCACCUCAAAUACAUGUGGGCUGAAGGGAAUCAGCGCCUUGAAACUCUGAAUUACUUGCAUGAUUUCGCGGACCGUAUGGCUGCAGACUUGGGCGUGCCAAUGAACGAUGACAGUCGAAUUGCCAACUUGAUAAUCAACCCGCGCACGAACAAGUUCACCAAGCUGUUGGCUCGCUGUCAUCUCAAGCAGGGUCAGUGGCGGAUGGAUAUAGAUGAUCAGUGGAAACAGUCGUCUGCUCCCAUGGUGCUGCAUUCUUUUUACCUCGCCACAAAGUUCGAUCCCGAUUGGUACAAAGCGUGGCACACAUGGGCAUUAGCCAAUUUUGAUGUUGUCACGUACGCGGAUGACCCUGCCACUCACGGGGGAGAGGGUCUGCCGACCGCUGUAUUCGUUCAACACAUUGUCGCGGCCGUUCGAGGCUUCUUCCGUUCGAUCGCCCUUCGCCCAGGCAAUGCUCUUCAAGACACGCUUCGGCUUCUCACAUUAUGGUUCAAGUACGCGCAGCAGGGAGACGUAAACGGCGUUAUCGCCGAAGGCUUCAGUAGCGUCACUGUUGACACUUGGCUAGAAGUCAUUCCUCAGAUUAUCGCACGAAUUCAAAUGCCCAACCCUAACAUCCGCCGACUUAUCAAUCAAGUUCUGUCGGAUCUCGGAAAGGCGCACCCCCAAGCGUUGGUUUACCCACUUGCUGUGGCUUCCAAGUCUCCAAGCCUGGCCCGCAAGAAUGCCGCUCUUUAUGUUCUUGAUCGCAUGAGGGAGCACAGCAAAGAGGUGGUGGAUCAAGCCCUGAUGGUCAGUAAGGAACUCGUCCGAGUGGCCAUUCUGUGGCACGAACAAUGGUACGAGGCGCUGGAAGAGGCCUCAAAAAUUUACUUUGGGGACAAGAAUCCAGAAGGCAUGAUUGUGCAUCUUGAACAUCUCCAUGAUAUGCUGGAUCAGGGCCCUGAGACUUUCCGUGAGACAUCGUUCGUUCAGAGCUUCGGAACUGAGCUUCGCCAAGCAAGAGAACAUUGUCGGCGGUUCCGUGCAUACGGAGAUAGUGCAGACCUAAACAAAGCCUGGGAUAUUUACUACGUUGUGUGGAAGAAAAUCCAGAAGAGCAUUCCCCAUCUGACGACCAUAGAGUUGCAAUAUACCUCACCAGAGCUCCUCAAGGCCAGGGAUCUGAAAGUAGCUGUUCCAGGAACGUACAGAAGUGGGAAGGAAAUCAUCGGCAUCGCCAGUUUCAACAUGACCUUGUCCGUCAUUGCAUCAAAGCAACACCCUCGCAGACUUUCCAUCAAAGGUGUUGAUGGUCGCGAAUAUCAAUAUUUGCUGAAGGGUCACGAGGACUUGCGACAGGAUGAGCGUGUCAUGCAAUUGUUCAGUCUUGUCAACGACUUACUUGCGAUUGACCCUCAAAGCUUCAAGAGGCAGCUUCACAUCCAACGAUAUGCUGUCAUUCCGCUGUCUCCCAACUCCGGUUUGCUGGGAUGGGUGCAGAACAGCGACACGAUGCAUGUAUUGGUUAAAGAAUACCGCGAAGCACGGCAAAUCCUAAUGAACAUCGAACAGCGUCUGAUGUUGCAAAUGGCGCCUGACUACGAGAACGUUCCCUUGCUCCAGAAAGUUGAAGUCUUCGAGUACGCUUUGGAUAACACCACAGGGCAAGAUCUGUAUCGCGUCCUCUGGCUGAAGAGCCAAAAUUCGGAAGCAUGGCUUGAGAGACGCUCUACGUUCACUCGCUCUCUUGCUGUGACCAGCAUGGUCGGUCACAUUCUUGGUCUAGGAGACCGGCAUCCUUCCAAUUUGUUGCUCGACCGGAAGAGUGGGAAGAUGAUACAUAUCGACUUUGGUGACUGCUUCGAAAUUGCCAUGCAUCGCGAAAAGUAUCCAGAGCGGAUCCCGUUCCGCCUUACAAGAAUGCUUACGCACGCCAUGGAGGUCAGCGGUAUACACGGCAGCUACAAGCACACGUGUGAGAUUACGAUGCAAGUUCUUCGUGACAACAAGGAGUCGUUGUUGGCUCUCAUGGAAGCUUUCGUGUAUGACCCUCUCAUCAGCUGGCGUCUUACGCAGGAUCCGGAUGACAGAGUCAUGACACGGGCUCAGGGUGAAAAUGCAAUUGUUGAUACACGCGCUACGGGGCCAGCGCGUAGGCCGCCGAAGUCGGACGAAAAUGAGAUUUUCAACAACAUUGACGGCAACCCAAGAUUAGGAGGUAUCAACGAACGCGCUGUUGCUGUAUUCAACCGCGUUCAGAACAAGCUGCUUGGACAAGAGUUCCAGGAGAACGUUUCGUUGCCUGUUUCAGUCCAAGUUGAGAAACUCAUCUCUCAAGCGGCAUCCCUUGAGAAUUUGUGUCAAUGCUUCAUGGGAUGGUGUGCCUUCUGGUAAUCAUUCCCUACUGUUAUUUCCCUGUAUUGGCUUUCUUCGUACUCUGGAUCGUCCAAUCUUCGGGCAACGUUGGCCUUGUGGUUUUUGGUUAUAUCCUCCAUCGUAUCCCCCCCUUACUGUCGGUCCUUGUAUAUUAGUGUACUGUCUUGUGUGCAUCUCAGCGCUAUCAUGAGUAGUUUAUC